CACAGCUUCAAGGCCUUGCAUGUCGUUCCUUUCUACGAUCUCGAUCCAUACUAGAACUCGACCAAACUCCAAUCUCGGUUUCUGCGCGUGCUAUAAACCAUCCGGUUCUCCGAGAGGAAUCUCCUGCCUGAUACGACGUUCCGUGCGGCAGUGGUCACCUUGUCGACCUGGUCGGUCCAUUGCAACACGGUCUCGGCUUCACCUUCCAUCGCGACCUGUCAAGAUGGAAUCUUUCCUACACAUCUACCAUGCAAAGCGCGGCCUACUGUUAUUCGAAUAUGCCAACAACUCCGCCUCACGCCCAAGCAUCAACCCACAAAAUCAGCCGCCCAACGUUCUCCUCUUCAUCGGUGGCUUGUACGACACCUUCCGCAGUCCAGGAUAUGUGGACGACCUUGCUGCUCUAUUCCCACGCAAUGCGCCCAACCAAAAAUGGCGGCUCAUGCAUGUCCAGCUAUCUUCCGCAGGCAGGGCAUUUGGCAUGUUUGAUCUGAACCGUGAUGUCGAGGAAAUCGGCUUCGCGAUAAACUACAUCCGUGAAACCAUCACACGGUCCCCAACCACGCCCAUCGUCAUAAUGGGUCACUCAACGGGCUGUCAAGAUGUCCUGCACUAUCUGUGCUCUUCGGUAUCGCGGCCAACCAUCUCCGGCGCAAUCAUGCAAGCGCCUGUCUCGGACCGCGAGGCAAUCCUAGACGAAAUCGAGGCGAAACCCAAGGCGAAAGAGUCCUACCAGACCGUCCUGUCCAUCGCUGCAUCAACCCCACUCGACAAGCACACCACCACGUUCCUACCCACGCACAUCAGCACGCCCCUCAUGGGGCCCGCGCCCGUGAGCAUUGCGCGCUUUCUCAGCCUUGCGUCGCCAGACUCUCCCGCCAACCCUGCCUUGGAUGAUUAUUUCUCGAGUGACCUAUCCGACCAGCGGCUCCUGGACACGUUCGGCCGCAUCGGCUCAGCAGAAUUCUUACAGCCGUUGCAACCCAGAGCCCAGAAAAGCGUACUUGUCCUGGAGUCUGGUAGCGAUGCCGCUGUCCCGGCAUACAUCAACAAAGACCAACUUCUCGCGCGCUGGAAGCACGCUAUCGAAUCAGGUUCCAGUGGUAAAGCGUCUUCCUCGUCACAUUCCAUGGUCGUUCCGAAUGCCGUGCAUGAUAUUGGAGGAACGUCCAUCGAGGCGCGGACCGCUCGUCUGAUCGAUAUGCGUGGCGCUGUGCUGCGGUACCUGGAAGAUAUGGUCGGCAAUGUUGGCGACGACGGCGACCCUUCGAGUGCUUGGGCGAUCUGGCAUCACGAUAAGAAGGAGAUCGAAGCCGAGAAGGGGAUAAAUGGUGUGAAAUUGUAGGGGAAGGAAAGGGACAGAAGUCCUAGUGGGACGCACCUGUUGACGGCCUGUCCGCAUUGCAAAUCUAAAUUGGUCUAGCAGCUAUAUGAAGCGGCCGUGGAGGCGAUACAUGUUAGGAGCAUCGGCGCUAUAAGUCUCUCUUAUCCUCGCGCGUGUGCACCUGGAUUGCAAGAGCGGAGAGAUCGCAGGUCUCGAGUCCGUUUUAGCCAGAGGAGCACAGGAUUCUGGAUGGGGCCAGGUGGUAUUAAACCUCAAGGUGGCCUUGCCCAUUCCAGUGGAAGUUGAGAAAAGGUCGAACGUUUGAUGCCAGAUGCCUCAUCACAGACGGUGUUGUCUUGUCUUUGGCCAUGGUCAGCCUUGGGUACAUCGGUUGAGGUGAAUACCAACAGGCAGACGGCCAGUCCUCCAAGGCCACAAAGGGUACUUAAGAUAUGUCUGAACCCUUGCACUCAUGCUCAUUGAUUCGAU